AUUCAUGUUCUAAAAUUUUCUCUCAAAUGGAUCAUUAUUAUUUUAGAAUUCUUAUAGUAUUACUCUCAUUAAAGAUCAGCAUAUCAUAUAAAAUCCAAGCUUCAUUUGUCUUUGGAGAUUCUUUACUUGAUGUUGGAAACAACAAUUACAUUACUUCACUUGCCAAAGCAAAUCAUUACCCUUAUGGAAUUGAUUUUGGUAAACCAACAGGUCGUUUUUGCAAUGGAAGAACCGUUGUGGAUGUUAUAGAGCAAAAAUUGGGUCUAGGGUUUACUCCACCUUAUUUGUCUCCUAAUACUUCUGGAAUGGUGAUUCUAAAAGGUGUUAAUUAUGCUUCUGCUGCAGCUGGGAUUCUCAAUUACACUGGUCAUAUUUUUGUUGGUCGAAUCAACUUCGAUGCACAAAUUGAUAACUUUGCGAAUACAAGACAAGAAAUUAUAAGAAGAAUUGGUGUUCCUGCAUCUCUCAAAUUGCUUAACAAUGCUCUCUUCACACUAGCAUUUGGUUCCAAUGAUUUCCUUGAUAAUUAUUUGUCACCUCCACCAAUUCCAAAUUUUCAGUUUUUGUCUCCGGAAUCAUUUGUAGCCAUCAUGAUAUCAACAUUCAGAGUACAAUUAACAAGAUUGUUCAAUCUUGGAGCAAGAAAAUUUCUUGUGGUAAAUGUUGGGCCUAUUGGGUGUAUACCUGCAUAUAUGAGAGAUUCAAACCCAUUUUCUGGAGACAAAUGUGUCACAUUCCCUAAUCAACUAGCUCAAUUAUUUAACACUCAAUUGAAAAUUCUUGUUGAAGAAUUGAGAACAAUUUUGAAAGGUUCAUUAUUUGUUUAUGGAGAUGCUUACCACAUUAUGGAAGAUAUCAUCAUGAAUUACACUAAAUAUGGUUUCAAGAAUCCAAAUUCGGCAUGUUGUCAUCUAGUUGGUCGAUUUGGAGGGUUGAUUGCAUGUGGUGGUUAUUCAAUAGUUUGUGAAGAUAGAUCAAAGUAUAUUUUUUGGGAUACUUUUCAUCCUAGUGAUGCUGCCAAUGUUAUUAUUGCAAAACGUUUGUUAAAUGGUGAUGUUAAUGAUGUUUCACCUACUAAUGUUUGGCAACUAUUGCAAGGUUGAGAUGCUGCUAGAAUUGAAAUUUUUAUGACAAAUUAAGGAGAGUUUCCUUAGAGCAAAGUGUUUCAUUAAGAUACAUUAAGAUACAUUGACUUUUUUCUUCUUCUUUUUUGAUUGAGAAGAAAAACAGAACAUUUUAUUCGAAAGAGACAUCACAUGGCCUCUAGUACACUCACGCUCUCCUAAACAAAUAGUUAACUAUAUCUCAUAACACUUUAAUACAAUUGAAAUAUUGUUCGAUCAACGACAAGAUGUCACACACAAUGUUGAGACAAUGUGAGAUAACACGAUAUAAAAGAAAUAGAGAGCAAAUAAACAACUCAAAUAACACAUAUAAUAGUUAACUCAAUUCAGUGCAAUGUCACUUAUGUUUAGAGGACAUCCUCCCAAUGAAAGGAAAUUUACUAAUUCAAUAGUCAAUAGUACACUAUGGUCUCAGAUGAUCUCUCUCAGUUCGGUACUCUUUUUCUAAUACUACCCGUGAAUUUCGACCCAAACUCUCAUUGAAUCUGCCCGGACUUCUCUUUUUACUCCUCGGGAGAUUGAUGGUGUUAUUUCCUUGUGUGAAGGUAACAAGAGUCAUGAACAUGAUGAUUUUUCUUUCUCUUUUUUUAGAAAGUUUUGGAAUCUAUUUAGGGUUAUGUUUGAUCAAUAUCAUCAGUUUGACUCUUUACCUCGUCUCUUUACUUCUUCCUUUGUAACCUUGAUUCAUAAGAUCAAAUCUCAUGUUCAGUUAAGUGAUUUCAAAGUUAUUUAUUCGGAUGGUUCUUUAUACAAGUUGGUGUCUAAAGUUUUAGUACUAUACUAUGGAAGGUCAUGGAAAAACUUGUUUCUCCAAAUCAAUAUACCUUUUAAAAAGGUAG